UGUGAAUGGGCAACAGAGGGGCUCUGUGUGCCUCUCGCAACCCCUAGUGCAGGUGUGUCAAACUGGCGGCCCUCCAGCUUUUCCGAAACUACAAUUUCCAUCAGGCCGCUGCCUUUGAGAGUCAUGCUUGUAACUGUCAAUCUUGCAAUGCCUCACGGGACUUGUAGUUUGGCAACAGCUGGAGGGCUGCCAGUUUGACACCCAUACCCUAGUGUCAGGGUUUCCAAACUAUGGCUCUCCAGCUGUUGAAGUACUACAAGUCCCAUCAUGCCUCUGACUGCCUCAGGCAAGACUCCCAGAGGUAGAGUCUUGCAAGGCCUCAUGGGACUUACAGUUCCUGAACACCUGGAGGGCCAUAGUUUGGAGACCCCUGGCCUAG